AUGGCAUCCGCCAAGGUCUUCAUCGUGACCGGCGCGAGCAAGGGUCUUGGCGCUGCCAUCACGCGCUGCCUGCUCGAGCAGUCGCACAAGGUCGUGGCCACGGCCCGUUCGGCCGACCUUUUGGAAGACAUGAAAAAGGCAUACCCGGGUCAAGUGGAAUAUGUGGCCGGAGACAUGACCAGUGCCGAGAUGCCGGAAAAGUUGACCAAUCUCGCCGUCGCAUCGUUUGGGAAGCUUGAUGGGCUGGUCAUCAAUCACGGACUUCUUGUGUCGUCGAGGAUGGAGGACACCUCUCUCGAGACUUUCAAGAACCUCUACAACGUCAACGUCUUUAGCUGUUUGGCCAUGGCCCAAGCAGCCCUUGGUCAACUACGAAAGAGCAAGGGUUGCGUCGUCUGGAUCUCUUCGGGUGCCGCUCUCAAACCAUACAUGGGAUGGAGCGCCUAUGGAUCAUCAAAGGCAGUGCUCAACUCUCUCUCCUCGCAUCUGGCUGUCGAGGAUAAGGACAUUACGAGCAUCACCAUCAGUCCGGGACGAGUUGACACAGAUAUGCAAGUGCAGGUUCGCUCAUCUGGACUACAGUCCAUGGACAAGGCACAAUACGACACAUUCGUCCAGGCCUUUGAGCAGGGCAAGCUCUUGAAGCCUCAUCAACCCGGCAAUGUCAUUGCCAGAUUUGUGGCCAGUCCCAAGAGGGAGUUGAGCGGUCAAAACCUCACUUGGAAUUCGACAGAACUGGCUUCGUAUCAAGAGUAG